AUGGUGUCCGAUACCCAUCACUUGGCUUCGCCACCCCUGAUCGGGGCAGCGACAGGACCUCCGAACCCCCGAAAGAGAGGGAGGACCGCCUGCACAAGAUGUAAGAACCGUAAGCAAAAGUGUGAUGACCAGUUUCCUAUCUGCUCAAAUUGCCAUAGAGCAGGCGCUCGGUGCGACAAGGUAGAUGUGACUGUUGAAGCCCCUUCAAGUUCGUACACUCGGGCUUUGGAAGACCGAGUGGCUUUCUUGGAGAGCAAGCUGGCCGGUAUUACAACACCGAGAUCUACUUCGACCCCAAGGGAAACCGCAAACCCUCAAGUAGAUGGCUCAACCAGAAACAAACGCAAUGCGCUUAGCGACGUAGUUGCGCACGUUUCGUUAGGGAACCUUGAGGCACCCGCCUAUGUCGGCCCAUCGGCCGGAUUGUCUCUGGCUCUGAAUCUUGGCGAGAUGGUUCAAGCUACUGUUUGGAGUAAGAUGCUACCAGACAUUCACAACGAUUCGCAAGUAAACCGCAUCAACAUUGGCGCAAGAUAUCUCAGUGCUGAGGACCUCCUGGCCACCGGCGUAAAGGACCCUCCAAGUGACGAGCAAGGGUCUAAAAUGUUGAGAACUUACUUGUCUCAACUACACACCAAGUACCCUUUUCUGGAGCCAGGUGAGCUAUGGAAAUUGCACAAGAAAAGGGGCAAACUUGCAGAGAGUUCACCGCAGUCGCUCACAAAGGCCGAGAGCUUUGGUGCCUUUAAGCUGUAUCUUGUUUAUGCUAUGGGUGCGACAUUAUUACAGUUGACUCAAAGAGUACUGGGGUUCUCCCCUGAGGCUUUGUACGCCACUGCUCUACAGCACAUCCCUGCAGCAAGGGAGUCUAGAACCGUAGAGAACGUCGAGGCCAUGACACUCUUAGUCAUAUUUCACCUCCGCUCAACCUCUAGUCACGGCCUCUGGUACAUGAUUGGUCUUGCAAUGAGGACAUCGAUUGAUUUAGGCUUGCAUCGCGCAGCCUAUGAGCAGAACCUUCCAGAACCCACAGUUCAAAAGAGACGAAGAUUGUUUUGGUCCGUUUACUCACUGGAAAGAGCGAUAGCUAUAUCACUAGGCCGACCCCUGAGCAUUGCAGACAAUCAAAUUGACGUCGAGUUACCCAAUAUUUGUGGUAACCCGGAUCUUUCUACUGCAGAAAGUUUCGGUAAGGACAUCACACUGGCCAUUGUCUUAUUCAAACUUCGACGUAUCGAGUCUAAAAUCCAUCACUCGAUCUACCGCACCGACAGGACUCUGGAGGCCCUCCGGCCUAAACUCGAUCGUCUUUAUCAGCUACUUCAAAUAUGGCGAGCAGACCUGUCGGAAUGCAUGCAGCCCACACAUCCGGAUCAUAAUUAUGCCCUGCUACUUUACAACCGCACAAUCAGGCUACUUAUCCAGCCAUUCUUACCAAUAAUACCUCCGACAGACCAGUUUUACAAGCUGUGCAUGAAAGCAGCAGGUGAUAUCUGCCAGACACACAAGAGACUUCACCAAACCCUAGACUACGGCCAUAGCUUCAUCGCAGUCCAAACUGUCUUCGUAGCUGGCGUCACCCUUCUCUACGGCCUCUGGACACAAGGCAACGGGCUGUGGUCUGUGACGUUAUCAAACGACAUCCGAGCCUGUUCUCUGGUGCUUUUCGUGAUGAGCGAGCGGGCCCCUUGGGUUCGAAAGUACCGUGAUACCUUUGAAGUUCUUGUAAACGCGGCAAUGGAGAAGCUACAGGAUGGCGAGUCUGGCCUAGCGGAGAUGGCAUCAGCACAGAUGCGAGCAGGAAGACCAGGGGAUGUAGGUACAUACGACCAGGGCCCAGAGGCUUCAGAGCAAAGAGAGACAGGACAGACGACUGGUGACAAUUUUGAUCAGUUCCUGGGGGCUGACGGAGAUCCUGGGAUUGCAGUCGGCGAGUUUGAGGGAGCUUGGCCUAUGGUUGCCGAGUUGGCAAACUGGAUUGACCAAGAUGGUGGAAGUCCGGUGUGGAUGCCAAACUUUGAAUUAUUGCAAAGCCUUUCGGGUACCUGGAACGAUUAG